AUGUCUCCGCUGGUGAUCCUACACAGCAAUGAUCCAUUCCUCGGUGUACCGGGUAGCGACCGGAAGACACGGAUUGCAGUUCGAGUUUCUCGUCAGUUCGUUGGCGACCUUUCGCCGGACGCUUAUCGGUGUGUUCGUGUGCCUGUGUCUAUUGGCACAAUACUUUUCUUAUUGCUCAGGGUUUUUCCUCCAUUCUUCACAGCUAUACUGGUGUACACCGGUGGACAGACUGACUUAUAUAAAAGAAUAAGGUCAAGUCUGUCAAACCUUAUACCUGCGGAUCGAUACACAGUCUUUCACAUCAGUGCUGAUACGAUGAAGAAGCAACCGUGGAUGGAACCCAACACAGCAUGCCUUAUAGUUGCUGACACAUCGCAACUUGAUGAUCAGUUGUGUACCAUCAUACAGACUUAUCUUAGCCAAUCGGGAAAAGUAAUGCUUCUAUGUCAGAAACGUCUUCUUGCAGACUUGUCUAGUUGUGAAUCAUUCAAAAAACAGGCCGGUAUGAUUCGAAUGGUGUUUGAACCUCAAGACUUCAACUCAACGGCGAAGGAUUUUGAGCUUUUCCUUAGAAAUUCAUUGAAAACGCUUUCAGAGCAAGGAAAUAUAGACACAACUUUUUAUCUCGAGAAUUUUGCUGGAGGAAAAAGCUACUCAGUUGUUCUAACAAAAGAGAAGGAGUUACCCCUCUUAUUAUAUACGGAAAAUGGCGACCAUCAGGCAUCAGCUAUUUUUUCAGAUGCUACAUGUGACCAAUUGUUAGCACCCGACAGUCAUCUGCUCCGAGAUUCUUUAUCUCGUUUUGGUGUAACAGUAUGUGAAACAAAAAUUCCUGUUCUAACUCCUGCAGUCAUGACAGCUAGUGAUGACAGUAUCAUUGAGAAUAUGAAGAAAGUGCGGUAUGGGGAAGCAAUUGGACUGAAACCAAAGCUUUUCCUCCAAAAAACAAAAGAAAUGGGGAAACAAGAUAUGCCUGAUGUUACUGAAGAUCUGCUGCCAGUGGAGAUUUUACCACGAAGCAACAAUUCUACAUACACCCAUUUCAAUUUUCCUUUGUAUUUCUCACGUCUCAAGACGAAACAUCUGGGACGCAUCAUUAUGCACAUUCCUGUCGCAACCACCACUAUUGAUAUUUGUGCAAGCCUUUGCGACGCAAUACCCUCCUCCACCGGGGCUGUGAUAGUUGCCGCUCGUCAGACUCACGGUCGUGGUCGCAGUGGAAAUGAGUUUUUAUCUCCUCUUGGAGCUGCGAUGUUUAAUGUUACUACAGUCCUUCCAAAGUCGAGUUCACUAGCUAGAACUCCGUCGAUACUUCAGCACGUAUUCGCUAUAGCUCUUGUUGAUGCUGUUCAUCGGUUAAGUGGCCUAAAAAACUUUCCACUACGAAUCAAAUGGCCAAACGACUUCUACUUCAACCGCUCGCAUAAGGUUGGUGGUCUUGUGGCUACUGCAAGAUCUCGUGAUGACGGCCUGUUGAUAUCCAUUGGUGCCGGAAUCAACGUGUUCAACUCGCGGCCGACAGUUUGUCUUAACGACAUGGUUCCUGAAGGUAGCGACCUCAAAUUCAACAUUGAAGAGGUUAUCGCUGAAACGUUAAAUAGAUACGAGUACUGGAUGAAUACCUACGAAAUGAAGGGUCCUGGUGAAGUAUUUGAAGCGUACUACAAAUUUUGGCUGCAUAGCCGAGAGGAAGUGGUGAUCGAAAAUCUAUCCGAGAAGGUUGUUAUUUGUGGAUUGGACAAGAAUGGAUACCUCCAAGUACGGAGCAAAAACAAUUCGAACAAGAUAUUUUCUGUUGGCGAUAAUGGGAACACGUUCGACAUGAUGAAAGGUCUGAUUCGACAUAAAGUUUGUUAA